UAAAACUAAAACAGGCUUUCAUUGUUCUUUGGGUCACACUUUCCUCCUCAAGUCUCUGCUCCAUUGAAAAUAAAAGGAAAGGUGUGAGAGUUAGGUCAAGAAACAAAACAAAAGCAAAUCCUGACAAUGGCGACUCCGAACAGCGGACGGGCAGCAUCAGUUUACAGUGAAGUGCAAAGCAGCCGUAUCGAGCACGUCCUUCCUCUCCCCUCCGUCCUCAACCAUCCUUUCAAAAUCGUCCAAGGCCCCCCUAGUUCCGCUGCUGGCAAUCCUGAUGAGAUCGCCAAACUAUUCCCCAAUCUGUUCGGACAGCCAUCUGCAAUGUUGGUCCCCGACGUUGCUGAUUCACUUGAUUCCAAUCAGCAGCUUAAGAUUGGUCUUGUUUUGUCCGGAGGUCAGGCUCCUGGUGGCCACAAUGUCAUCUCUGGAAUCUUCGAUUACUUGCAGGAUCGUGCUAAAGGAAGCAUUUUAUACGGCUUUAGAGGUGGUCCUGCUGGCAUCAUGAAGUGCAAUUACGUUCAACUAACUGCUGAUUAUAUUCAUCCCUAUAGGAAUCAGGGUGGUUUUGAUAUGAUCUGCAGUGGGAGAGACAAAAUUGAAACACCUGAGCAGUUUAAACAAGCUGAAGAGACAGCAGGUAAACUUGAUUUGGAUGGCCUCGUUGUUAUUGGUGGGGAUGACUCCAACACCAAUGCUUGCCUGCUUGCUGAAAACUUCAGGAGUAAAAAUUUGAAAACCCGUGUCAUUGGCUGCCCAAAGACCAUUGAUGGUGAUCUCAAAUGCAAAGAGGUUCCAACCAGUUUUGGAUUUGACACUGCAUGCAAGAUCUAUUCAGAAAUGAUUGGAAAUGUCAUGAUUGAUGCCCGAUCAACUGGAAAAUAUUAUCACUUUGUACGGCUUAUGGGGCGUGCUGCUUCACACAUCACCUUAGAAUGCGCUUUGCAAACUCAUCCAAACAUUACAAUUAUUGGAGAAGAGGUUGCUGCAAAGAAGCUGGCACUGAAAGAUGUUACUGACUACAUUGUGGAUGUAAUUUGUAAACGUGCUGAUCUGGGUUAUAACUAUGGUGUUAUCCUUAUUCCUGAAGGUUUGAUUGAUUUCAUUCCAGAGGUGCAGAAUCUCAUUGCUGAAUUGAAUGAAAUUUUGGCCCAUGAUGUUGUAGAUGAAGGUGGGCUAUGGAAAAAGAAACUUACAAGUCAAUCUUUGCAGCUUUUUGAAUUUCUACCCGUAGCAAUUCAGGAACAAUUGAUGUUGGAAAGAGAUCCACAUGGAAAUGUCCAGGUUGCCAAAAUAGAGACAGAGAAAAUGCUUAUUCAAAUGGUUGAAACUGAGUUAGAGAAGAGGAAGCAACAAGGAACAUAUAAAGCUCAUUUCAAAGGACAGUCUCACUUUUUUGGUUAUGAAGGAAGAUGUGGUUUGCCAACAAACUUUGAUUCCACAUACUGCUAUGCUUUGGGCUAUGCAGCUGGAGCUCUCCUUCACAGCGGAAAAACUGGGCUGAUAUCAUCUGUUGGGAAUUUGGGUGCUCCUGUGGCAGAAUGGACAGUUGGUGGCACUGCACUGACUUCUUUAAUGGAUGUAGAAAGGAGACACGGUAAGUUCAAGCCUGUGAUCAAGAAGGCGAUGGUGGAGCUUGAAGGUGCACCGUUCAAAAAAUUUGCAUCCCUGCGGGAGGAGUGGGCACUGAAGAAUCGUUACGUUAGUCCUGGUCCCAUCCAAUUUAUGGGCCCAGGUUCUGAUGCAGCCAGUCACACGUUACUGUUGGAAUUGGGGUCCGUGGCUUAGACAUUAUAGGCGUGGAAAAUUGUAUGUUAUCCCGAGUGAAGGAGAGUUUGGGAUUUAAUGGUAAUUUUGCACUCUGAUAGAAAUGUUUCAUCAUUCUCCCCACAAAGUUGCAUUCACAUGCUUGUGCCCUUUCUUUCUAUCUUUGGAUAUUAUUAUUAUUAUUUCUAAGUAAAAAGAGUGACACCGUUGGAUGAUGGAUCCCCUGCGGUGCAUGAAUCAUUUUCUUUUA